CCCCGCCCCUGAGCGUCACCCUAGCGUUCACGUCCAUUUUUACGUGCACAUCCCCAUUUCUCAGUUCUUUUCAUAAAUGCCUUUUAAACCAAAUAAUUCAGUCAGUCUACACAAUUGUUAAUAGAUAGAGUGUUUAUAAUAAAAGUUGGUAAAAUGGCUGAUAUGAGCCUCGACGAUAUAAUUAAGAAAAAAAAACCACAGGGAAAGAUGGGCCUGAAAGGACGUGGCGGUAUUCGAAAACCGCCAGCACGUAUCAACGUUCGCCCACCCCAGCCACCCUAUAGAACUAAACCAAUAACGGACGCGCGUUUCAAAAUAAUCCAGAAGAAUCGAGAGAAGCUGACAGACGCUCGAGACAAAUUAGCUGAAAUAGCCAAGCAAUCAGACGCUCGUCUGAAGCUGGAAAAGCUCCGAGCAACUCACAAGGCCCCGUCAUUGGCCACAAUCUCCCGGAAGACUGGUCGCAAUGGAAAAAUUUCUCUGUCCACGAACCGAAUUCCCCCGUUGGUGCCCUCAUACGACUCUCACAAUCCCUUACAAUCACAACUCCCUUACAAUCUUCCCCCAAGAAUCGUGGGAUACAGAGGGAGCAUUGGAGAGCCCUCCUUCAGGGAGAACAUGUCCAUGGACUACCAAGAUAACAGUUACGUGGUCGAGGCACCUUUGAGACGAACUGUGAGCAACGAAUAUGCCCCUGGGCCACCUCCACUCCCUCCAGUAUUCGGUAUUAAGCCGUCAACUGGUUAUUCAUGGCCAAAGACCGCCCAGAGGCCUACGAUAAUCCGAAAAACUGAGGUGGAACGACCAAGAGAAUAUAAAAUUAUUCCUAGGAUCCCCAUGGGACAGAAAGUCGAAAGUUAUCGCGAUGACUGGGGAUUCGCAGGCAAGAGUAGAACGAUUAUAGCGGACGAACAUGAAGAGAAAUAUUUCGAUGUGAGGAGCCAUAGGGAUGUUGGUGUUAAAGCGAGGCUGGAAGGCAGUGGGACAAAAUCUAGGCCGAUGGGUAUCCUGGUGAGGACCAAGAGUAGCUCGUCUGGUAGCUCUAGUCAGCCUACGGGCUACAGGAUCGUUGUGUCGAAUUUGCAAGCUAAUGUUACACAGGAAGAUAUCAAAGAGCUGUUCGAGGAUGUUGGGGAAUUGCUGGUGUCGCGGCUGGUGAGGCCUGGAACUGCUGAGGUCAUUUAUAAGACCCUGAAGGAUGCCACCAAGGCUGUGGAGACGUAUCACAAUAGACAACUGGAUGGACACCCUAUGAAGUGUCUGCUGGUUAAUCCUAGGCCGAAGAAUAAUCCCACAGCCCCUGCUGUCAGACCACUGACUGAGUCCAGAAGAACAGCAAGCUCCAGUUAUGUACAAACAAGCUUGGGUGCAGUUCAUCGUGCUCUUUUUGACGAUUGCCACAACUGAAUAACAAUUAUUACUACCAUCAUCAUUCACUUUGUUCAAUGCCAGAUGGAUUAUUAUCAUUCACUUAUCUGAAUUUUCAUUUUUUAACCUGAGAAAGAACUGGAAAGAAAGGAGUCUAGGAACUAAUACUAAAAGAGGCUCAACAAAAAAAAUCUGAUAAUAUGAACUGAGUCAGAGAGGGGAAUUGCAGGAAUGAAAGCAAAUGAAUUAUUUACGUUGACACAAAAAUCUUCAUACAUUUCACGUAUAAAUACACUUUUGUUUCAACACCUUACGACUCAGUUAUUAUUUUCGUAGGUGAAAAAACCUAUUGAAUUCAUAAUAUUUUGGUAUGAAGACGCUCAUAAGAAAAAUCUUAAUAAAAAAAUUCCUGAAUAAAACGA